GACUUGGCGGCUAAAGUAUAACGUGGAAAAUAACCAGAUAUCUAAUCUAUAUUUGUAUUAUGAAAUUUUCCAGUCAAUGGCAUCCAGUACACCUAACGCGUCUCUUCCUUCCUCUAAACUUCCUUCCUCUUUCCUGCAAUUCCUCCAUUAACAACCCCCUCCCCCUCUACACCCUCUCCGAUCAUAUAUAUUUAUUUUUAUAUCAAUAUAUAUACGUAUAUUCAUAACUUUCAUGAUCUUGUGUACAUUAGGCACAUAUAUAGUUUUACGUGACAUAAAUCAAUAAUGGUUGAUGCAAAUAUGGGUGCGGCUGGUGGUCAAUUCCCUGAGUUUCCUAACAUUGUGACUCACGGUGGACAAUAUGUUCAGUAUGAUAUUUUUGGUAAUUUCUUUGAGAUCACCACCAAAUAUCGGCCUCCUAUUAUGCCUAUUGGCCGUGGCGCUUAUGGAAUCGUCUGCUCGGUGUUUAAUGCGGAGCUGAAUGAGAUGGUUGCAGUUAAGAAAAUUGCCAAUGCAUUUGAUAAUUACAUGGAUGCUAAGAGGACGCUCCGCGAGAUAAAGCUUCUUCGCCAUUUAGACCAUGAAAAUGUCAUUGGUUUAAGAGACGUGAUUCCUCCGCCCUUACGAAGGGAGUUUUCUGAUGUUUACAUUGCUACUGAACUCAUGGAUACCGAUCUUCACCAAAUAAUUAGAUCCAACCAAGGUUUAUCAGAGGAUCAUUGCCAGUACUUCAUGUAUCAGCUUCUCCGUGGGCUAAAAUACAUACAUUCAGCGAAUGUUAUUCAUAGAGAUCUCAAACCAAGCAACCUUUUGCUUAAUGCAAAUUGUGAUCUUAAGAUAUGUGAUUUUGGUCUUGCUAGGCCAAACCUAGAGAAUGAGAAUAUGACGGAAUAUGUAGUAACCAGAUGGUACAGAGCACCGGAGCUUUUGUUGAACUCGUCAGAUUACACUGAAGCCAUAGACGUUUGGUCUGUUGGUUGCAUCUUCAUGGAGCUUAUGAAUAGAAAGCCUUUGUUUGCUGGAAAAGAUCAUGUACAUCAAAUACGCUUGCUAACUGAGCUUCUUGGUACCCCAACAGAAUCUGAUCUGAGCUUCCUCCGAAAUGAAGAUGCAAAGAGAUACAUCAGGCAACUCCCACAACAUCCACGCCAGCAGUUAGCAAAAGUGUUCCCUCAUGUGAAUUCAUUAGCCAUUGAACUUGUAGAUAAAAUGUUGACACUCAACCCUACUGGAAGAAUUACAGUUGAGGAAGCAUUAGCUCAUCCCUACCUUGCAAAGCUCCAUGAUGCAGCUGAUGAACCAGUCUGCCCCGUCCCAUUCUCCUUUGACUUUGAGCAACAAGGGAUAGGAGAAGAGCAGAUUAAGGAUAUGAUUUAUCAGGAAGCCUUGGUACUGAAUCCUGAAUAUGCUUAAAAAUAAGAGAAAAUCAGUUCUUCUCUUGCUUCCCUUUUUAUCUGGAGUAUCUACAUUACCUAGUGUGGCUUUUCUUGCUUGGGCCAGCCCUCUCAGAGUUUUUGUUCACAGGGUCGGUAAUCCUUGGCAACUUUAAUGUAAGGAAGCUAUCAAUAGAUCUUUCUUUUUAUUUUUUCUUAAUUACGGUGGUGUCCGGGCUAGCUUGUGUGCACCUAGAUUAUUCCAUUGGAUAUUUGCUACCUCCCACCAGCACAAACAUUUAUGUCUUCCACUCAUUUUUAUGACUUGUAUCUUGUGUUCUGUAUUCAGCUUAUUGUAGUCUGUAUUUUUGUCCUGUGUAUCAUGUUGUAUUAUGUACAGUGGGAGUGUACUGAAAAGUAACUCAGUAGCAUGUAAAAAAGCUAUCCAGAAUCUAUUGUCAUUUUGAAAAUGAGUGUAUUUCUGUGUUCAA